CAGAAAGAAAAAAAAAAUCGCCAGUUCUAAAGAUUCGGAGAAAACCCAUUCGUAGUAUUAUUAAGAUUUUUCUGCAUUAUUUCAUUAUUAUCUAUUGGCUAAAUAUGUGAAAAAAACUUUUAAAUUAUAAAAACAUGCAUGGAUAGACAUAACGAAUAAAAAAUUAAUUUUGAAUAAACAACACUUAAAAUGGAUCAAAAUGGCACAUUAACUGAUAGUGCUCUCUUAAUUGAGAUGCAAAUGGAACUGGAAAAUGUACAAAGUGUCAUAAAAUUCACAAAAAGCUCUAUUGAUGCUUUAAAUGAUAGAUUUAGUAAAUUUAAGCCAUCACCAAAAAUCUAUGUUGAGGAAUAUCAGGACCUUACACGAAAAUUACAUGAAUUUAAGACAAUGGAACAAAAUUUAGUCGAGAAAAUACAAUCAUUAGAAGCAGAACUGGAAAGUAAAGCACAUCCAAAGCAACCAAAAUUAUUUCUUAGAGCACAUUUGCCAAAUCAACAGCGUACAACAAUCAAUAUUGUCGCUGGUCAGAGACUUCGUGAUGCAUUAGCAAAAGCACUAAGCCGUCGAAAUAUGAAUUUUGAAAUGUGUGAAGUCUAUCAGCCGAAUUCGGACAUACCCAUUCCAUGGGACACAGACAUUAGUACAAUCAAUUGUGAUGAGAUUAGUGUUAAAAUAUUGGACAUUGUGGGAUUUCCAACUUAUAUCUCGCAUCAAUUCAUUCGCAAGACAUUCUUCUCGCUUGCAUUUUGUGAAUGCUGUCGAAGACUUUUAUUCACUGGAUUUUAUUGCAAUCAGUGUAAUUAUAGAUUUCAUCAACGCUGUGCUGACAAAGUUCCGCCUUUAUGCAGUAAAUUACAAAUGGACACUUACUAUCAAUUAUUGCUCUCCGAGACCGCUGGAUCUAGUGGAUUCCAUAGACAUCCAAAAACAUUAAACUUUGAGAACCGAUCAAAUUCAGCACCAAAUGUUUGUGUCAAUAGUGUCCUAAAAGGAGUCGAUCAAAAGAUUUUAGCGAAUGCAAAGUGUCCAAUGCCUUUGCAGCCAUACUCUGAACAUUCACAUUCCACUCAAGCAUCGCCAACAAAUACAUUGAAGCAUGCCAAAAGAAGACAACGUGCUCGAUCAGCUGAUGAGAGCAAUAAAAUCUUGUCACCACGCGAACAGAUGCAGUCAGCCGGUGAGGACUGGAAUAUUGAUGCAAGUGAGAUUCUCUUGGGUCCUCGUAUUGGAACUGGAUCAUUUGGAACUGUUUAUAAAGCUCACUGGCACGGACCGAUAGCAGUGAAAACUUUAAAUGUGAAAACUCCAACGCCAGCUCAAUUGCAAGCGUUCAAGAAUGAGGUAGCAAUGCUAAAGAAGACUCGUCACUGCAAUAUUCUGUUAUUUAUGGGAUGCGUGAGUAAACCGUCUCUAGCGAUUGUUACUCAGUGGUGUGAAGGAAGCAGUCUUUAUAAACAUAUUCAUGUACUUGAAACAAAGUUUAAACUGAAUACACUUAUCGACAUAGCACGUCAGGUAGCACAGGGAAUGGAUUAUUUACAUGCCAAAAAUAUUAUUCAUCGUGAUUUAAAAUCAAAUAAUAUUUUCUUACAUGAUGAUCUCACAGUUAAAAUUGGUGAUUUCGGUCUGGCAACAGCCAAGGUUCAAUGGUCUGGAGCAACAGGACAGAAUCAACCAACAGGAUCCAUCUUAUGGAUGGCACCGGAAAUAAUUCGCAUGGAAGAACCGAAUCCAUAUUCCUUUCAAUCAGAUGUCUAUUCAUUUGGCGUUGUACUUUAUGAACUUUUAACUGAACAAUUACCAUAUGCACACAUUAAUAAUAAAGAUCAGAUUUUGUAUUUAGUUGGUCGUGGACUUUUGAGACCAGAUUUGUCAAAAGGACGCUCAGAUUGUCCACAAGCACUAAAACGUUGCGCGGAAGACUGUAUCAAGUUUGAUAGAUGUGAAAGACCAUUGUUUCGAUUAUUACUCAACAUGUUGGAGAAUAUUUUGAGGACAUUACCAAAAAUUCAUCGAAGUGCAAGUGAACCGAAUUUGACACAAUCGCAAUUACAGAAUGAUGACUUUCUAUUUAUGUGCUCUAGUCCUAAAACCCCCGUUGGAACGGGAUUUACAAUAUUUAGAUAAGCUGAUUAAUUUUUCCUACUAUUCAUUAAUUUUCAUAAAAAGAAAAAUAAGUAAAAAAAUGAUAAAUUAAAUUUAAAAAAAAUCUUGCAUACAUACAUCAUCCUACAUACAGCUUUCAUCAACAUUAAUUAUUUAUUAAUUGACAUUUUCAUAUUCUUUCACAUCAUAUCUAAAAUUAUUAAAAUUGAUUCGAAACAAUGCAGGAAAAAUUAAUCUAAAAUUUUAUCAGGACUUAAAAUCAUGGAAAAGCAUAGCUUCAUUACUUCUAGUUUUCUUAUUCAAUGUACAACACAUACACAAAACACUUUAGCUGAUAUAUUAAACUCCUGUAAUUGAACAAAAGUAUUUGAUUUUCAAUUCUAAGUUUUCACUUUUCUCCUCAUUUCUGUAAAUACGGGAAAAUUCACUCACACACACACAUAGACAAACACAAACACUCAUCAAUGAAAAUGAAUACAUAAUUUAUGCCUCAUAAUUUACUUAAUAUAAAAGGCAAAUCAAAUGUAAAUAAAAACAAUUAUCG